AUGGCACCAAAAAUCCAGAAAGUAGCAAUCGCUGGCGCAACCGGCAACGUUGGUAGCCACGUUCUCAAAGCAUUGGUGAAGGAUGGAUUCCAAGUCACCGUUCUGACACGCAAGCAAGGGUCGUUUCCAGAGGGAGUCACAGUCAAGGUUGUUGACUACGUCUCACAUGACACCCUCACAGACGCCUUGAAGGGCAAUGAGGCUUUCGUUGAUUGUACUCUUGUCCAAGACGACACCCCUACUCGCAUGAUGGACGCUGCCGCUGCAGCUGGAAUCUAUCGGUAUAUCCCUUCAGACUUCAGCUUGGACUUCAACAACCCCAAGCCCCACACUCUGCCCAUCUGGUUCAAGAAAGAUGCGAACGACAAGUACCUCCUUAAGAAGUGCGAAGAGACCAGCAUGACCUGGAGCAUUGUUUGCAACGGCGCCUUUUUGGACUUCUGUCUACGCACUGGCUUCUUGAACAUUGACAUUCAAAAGAAGAAAAUCGACUACAUGAAUGACGGGAGCAACGUAAUUGCGUGGACCACCCUCGAGACUGUCGGUAAAGCAGUGUCUGGAACCCUGUCACACCCCGCUGAAACGGAGAACCGCCCUUUAUAUGUUCACUCUGUUUACAAGAGCCAGAGGCAGAUGGCAGAUCUUUGCAAGGAGGCUCUGGGGUCUGACGGAUGGGAGGAGACGAAGUCGGACAUGGAGGAGAAGUUUGCUUGGGCAAUGAAGGAGAUCCAGGCUGGAAACUUUAACCUGGGCGUGCUGGCAACUAUGAUUCAGUAUGCAAACUCCAGGGCGGACUUUUCUUCGCCUUGGCCGCAGGAUGAUAAUGCACUGUUGGGCUCUCCCCCAGACCCCUCCCCCCCCUACCUCCCUACCUCCACGACCGAGGGGCCUCACGCCCCCCCCUACCGGCCCUUGGGAAGGGGGCCACGAUCGGCCACCGCCGCCCUCCAGCAGGCUCGAGAGGGUCAAGCCCUCCGAGAUGAGGCCCUGGACCUCCUCGCCAGAGGCCUAGAUGCCCUCAUUGGGACGGCCCCAGCACGACUGAAGGCUACAGCCCAGGGCCUCAUCGAUACCUUUACCCGGUUUGCAACCGCAGAAAUCUCUGGACCCACCCCUGGCCCCGGCAGUGGAAAAACGUAUGCCCAGGCAGCUAGUAACUCUACCGCUAGGGGCCCCGGCCCCGGCCCCGGCUCCGGCCCCAGGUUGAACCCAGCAGCAGGCCGGCGGGCCACCAGCCGCACACGCCAGCCUAAGCAGACCCAGGACCUCCGCCUACUAGUUCGGCUCCCUGCAGAACACAUCCCUACCUCCAGAACCCUAGCCCCUCACUCAGUUAAGAUGGUGGUAACAAGAGAGCUUAACUUACAGCCGCAAGACCUAGUUGAGGUCCGCCAUACUGCUACAGGCUUCUCACUUCAGCCCCAGAACAAGGAGAUCCAAGCUUUACUUCUCCAGAGAGCCCCUGAGAUCAAAAGCUGCCUUACAGCUGAGAAGGUUGAGGUGCCCACUAAGUGGCAUCAGUAUAUCGUCCCAUUCUGCCCCCUCUACUUUACUAGCCUCGAUGGUAGUAAGGUUAGCAUAGAAUCUGAAAUAGAGGAAGAGGUCUUCCUAAAGACAAAGCAAAGACUUAUUUCCUGGCGCCCAACCUGGGAUAGCCCUGAUCUAGCUACAGCUACGCAAAGCCUGGUUAUCGCCCUCCCUCAAUGGGUUAAGGAAGGCUUCCGCCUGUUUGGACAGUCAGGUCCUGCUCGUCUGCUCCCCCCGAGGAAGCAUAUCCCUAAACGACACUCCCCUGGCUGCCAAGGCUUUCACUCAAACCGCUACUGCACCCGGAAACCCCUCUGCGAGAACUAUAGCAAACCCUUAGAUACUCAUGAGGCUGGGAUCUGCUUAGUUAGGCCUAAGUGUGCUAACUGUCAUGGGCCCUUCCCAGCAAGCCAUGCAGACUGCCCAGCUAGGCCCCUACUGGUUAACAGAAACCUUACUAUUCCAACCCAGAAAGAACUGCGAGGGAUCCAGAAGGUUGGAGAGAAGGCGUCUAACGACCUUCUAGCAAACCAGGCUAGCUCCCCAGGAAGCAGCACACAGCAAGCUGAGGCUAGGCCAAGCGCUACUUCUAAGCGCCCUCGACCCCUCACACCUACGCAAGACUCAAUUAUUGUUGCAGAUACUGCUAGUAUAGCUGGGAGCAGCAGUAUGGAUGAGGAUGAGGCUGAAGACUCUGAAGCCCUCCCCCCCCUAACUAACCGCCCUAUCCAUCCACUCCCAAGCAGCAGCAGGAGCCAGAGGGUAGCCCAGAAGCCUGACUAUAACGUUGUUAAUGCCUACACCCACCUCGACCUCGACUCAGAGCUAUAG